AUGCCUUAUAAAGGUGAAGUCGCUGACGCCAUGGUGAGUCAAGUCAUAGAAGUUGGCUUCACAGCCACGCUGGGACCUAUGAGCAUGUUUGUGGCAGCACAAAAUAUAGCUGCAGAUUACUAUUUGGAGCCAGAAGCUAGACUUCACCCUAGAUGGGUCAAUAAGACAGAUCCUUCAAAAACAAUUCAAGCAGGCGGCGAUGUAAGACUGAGAAUUAUGUCUGUAAGAGUCAAUGGGAAUGAAAUGAUGGGGGUUUGUGAAAUGAGCGAAGCUUAUCUAGGACCAAUUACAGUUUAA